AACCAUCCCUAGUCUUCGACUCCUCGGUGUAUGUCCUGAGUGAGAGCGUCAUAAAAGCAUCGUCUUUCCCUCUUCUCUACCUGCAAUUGAUUCAUUCUUUGCCGUGCGCAUCGCAACACCAUGGAUAUUGUCUUGGAAAUCUGGGAUACCUUUCUAGGGGAUCGCCUCUACUCUACACUACUCCCACUCUCUCUUCAGUCAUCAGUAUCAUCCCCUGGACUGGUGAACCUCAGCAACAGCACUUUAGCCCUGUUUGGCGCCUCGUCUCCCUUCGUCUAUGAGCCGGCUACCGCGCUGUUCUCGCUGGAACCAAGUCAAUAUGCGUACAUGAGCGCUUGGCCCCGCAACAACAUCUAUCGCCAGUUCUUAAGCUUCUUCCUGAUUGUCUGGAUCUUUGGUAUCAUCGUCUACUUUAUUUGCGCCACCCUCUCCUACAUCUUCAUCUGGGACAAGACGACAGUGAAUCACCCCAAAUACCUGAAGAACCAGAUUCCAAUGGAAAUUACCCAGACCAUGCAGUCGAUGCCCAUCAUGUCCCUGUUGACUGCACCUUUCCUGGUCGCCGAAGUUCGAGGCUACGCCAAACUCUAUGAUACGGUUGCGGAGGAGCCCUUUGCCUAUUACAGCAUCCUGCAAUUCCCUCUUUUCAUCCUCUUCACCGACUUCUUCAUCUACUGGAUUCACCGAGGCCUGCAUCACCCCAGAAUUUACAAGCACCUGCACAAACCUCACCACAAGUGGAUCAUGCCGAGUCCUUUCGCGUCGCACGCCUUCCACCCCCUGGACGGGUGGUCGCAGAGUGUCCCAUAUCACGUCUUCCCCUUCAUCUUCCCUCUCCAGAAGCUAGCCUAUGUUUUCCUGUUCGGGUUCAUCAAUCUCUGGACGGUUCUGAUCCACGAUGGAGAAUACGUUGCCAACAGCCCUGUGAUCAACGGCGCCGCGUGCCACACAAUGCACCAUCUCUAUUUCAACUACAACUAUGGCCAGUUCACUACCCUUUGGGACCGCCUCGGUGGCAGUUAUCGCAAGCCAAACGAGGAACUGUUCCGUCGCGAGACCAAGAUGGGCAAGCAGGAGUGGGAAAGACAGUCCAAGGAGAUGGAGACCAUCCUCAAGGACGUCGAAGGCAAAGAUGACCGGACUUAUCUUGAAAAGGAUGCGAAGAAGAACCUAUAAAUAAGAACAGGAUGUCAGCGAGAGUAUGACUUCCAGUACAAAUAACGAAGAAAUGAUGGAUAAGGAGAGAUCCGGCAAUUUCAUUUUGCCAGAAAAAAAGAUGAAAACCGAGAAACGUUUCGAAGUUUCAUUGUCUUUUCCUCGGUCAGGACGAAUGUUCUGCGAAUGUUUCUGCUUUUGACCAGGUUUCAAUGCCUUCCACACAAGGGAUCCUGAGGAUCCCGGCAUGUCGCCGCAUCAACUAUCACGUAUCCUUUUGCGCAGUAUUCCAAAGUGGCGUUGGGACUCUUGGCUGCUGCUGCUGCUGCUGCUUCUUACGUGUGACUUGAUGAGGUUAUGCUUUUUCUUCCCCCUUACCCUUGAAUAUCAUUCUUGUAAUACCGCCCACUAUACUUAGUUUUACUAAUCAGCACUCUUGAUUUUUUUUUGUACCAUUACUUUUCCUGC